CGUCGAAAGUGCUCUUGAUCGAGAGAGAGUGUUUUAUUGGCCGUUUCGGCGGAGUGGAAGCUUCAAGGAGGGGAGCGACUAUGGGUUCGUCGUCGCGGAAUCGCGGUUCCAUGAUCUUGUUGGGCCUCUUGGUCGCCGGAUCUUUAUUUGCUUUCUCGGUGGCUAAAGAAGAGGCCACCAAGUUGGGAACCGUUAUUGGGAUAGAUCUUGGCACCACCUACUCUUGUGUUGGUGUCUACAAGAAUGGCCAUGUGGAAAUCAUAGCCAAUGACCAAGGAAACCGCAUUACCCCUUCGUGGGUGGCGUUCACUGAUUCUGAGAGAUUGAUUGGUGAGGCUGCAAAGAAUCUGGCAGCUGUGAAUCCUGAAAGGACCAUUUUUGAUGUCAAAAGACUAAUUGGAAGAAAAUUUGAGGAUAAGGAAGUACAGAGGGACAUGAAACUUGUACCAUACAAAAUUGUUAACAAAGAUGGUAAACCUUAUAUCCAAGUCAAGAUCAAGGACGGGGAAGUUAAAGUGUUCAGUCCCGAGGAAAUAAGUGCAAUGGUUCUGACGAAGAUGAAGGAGACAGCGGAGGCUUUCCUCGGAAAGAAAAUUAAGGAUGCCGUGGUUACUGUUCCAGCUUACUUCAAUGAUGCUCAAAGACAGGCGACCAAGGAUGCCGGAAUAAUUGCUGGCUUGAAUGUGGCUAGAAUAAUCAAUGAACCCACUGCUGCUGCCAUAGCAUAUGGUCUGGACAAGAAGGGUGGUGAGAAGAACAUUCUUGUUUUCGACCUUGGUGGUGGUACAUUCGAUGUUAGCAUCUUGACCAUUGAUAAUGGAGUUUUCGAAGUACUGGCGACCAAUGGCGACACUCAUCUCGGAGGUGAAGACUUCGAUCAGAGAAUUAUGGAAUACUUUAUUAAAUUGAUCAAGAAGAAGCAUGGGAAGGACAUCAGUAAGGAUAACCGUGCGCUCGGGAAGUUGAGGAGGGAGUGCGAGCGUGCCAAGAGAGCUCUGAGUAACCAGCACCAAGUCCGCGUCGAGAUCGAAUCGCUCUACGAAGGCUUGGAUUUCUCAGAGCCUCUGACUCGUGCCCGUUUUGAAGAGCUAAACAAUGAUCUAUUCAGGAAGACCAUGGGACCUGUCAAGAAAGCUAUGGAAGACGCUGGGCUGGAGAAGCACCAGAUCGAUGAAAUCGUGCUCGUUGGUGGGAGCACAAGGAUUCCGAAGGUCCAACAGCUCUUAAAGGAUUACUUCGAUGGAAAGGAACCAAACAAGGGUGUUAACCCCGAUGAGGCCGUGGCAUAUGGUGCAGCUGUGCAAGGAAGCAUCUUGAGCGGAGAAGGUGGUGAAGAAACCAAAGACAUUCUUCUUUUGGAUGUGGCACCUCUUACCCUCGGAAUCGAGACUGUUGGUGGAGUAAUGACGAAGUUAAUUCCAAGAAACACAGUCAUCCCAACCAAGAAAUCACAGGUUUUCACGACUUACCAAGAUCAGCAGACCAUCGUCUCCAUCCAGGUCUUCGAAGGCGAGAGGAGUCUCACCAAGGAUUGCAGGCUGCUAGGCAAGUUUGAUUUAUCUGGAAUUCCACCGGCACCUAGAGGCACACCUCAGAUUGAGGUCACGUUCGAGGUUGAUGCCAAUGGCAUUCUGAACGUCAAGGCAGAAGACAAGGGCACCGGCAAGUCCGAGAAGAUCACCAUCACCAACGAGAAGGGGCGUCUCAGCCAGGAAGAGAUCGACCGCAUGGUUCGCGAGGCGGAGGAGUUCGCCGAGGAGGACAGGAAAGUGAAGGAGAAGAUCGACGCGCGCAACCAACUGGAGACCUACGUGUACAAUAUGAAAAACACCGUCAACGAGAAGGACAAGCUGGCUGACAAGAUCGAGAACGAGGAGAAGGAGAAGAUAGAAGCGGCCCUGAAGGACGCACUCGAGUGGCUCGACGACAACCAGAGCGCCGAGAAGGAGGACUACGAGGAGAAGCUCAAGGAGGUGGAAGCUGUUUGCAGCCCCAUCAUUUCUGCAGUGUAUCAGAGGUCCGGCGGCGCACCCGGUGGUUCCGAUGGCGGUGACGAAGAUGAUUCACAUGACGAGCUUUAAGCAAGCAGUGGUAGGUAGGCAUAUUCUACUCGUCCGAUGGGACGAGGAGGGGGAGGAUCUGAGAUCAGAACUCCUGUCGUUUCUUGAAGAGGGUUGACUGACGGGGGGCUGUUGAGUCCAGCAGAUUUUUUUUUUUCUCUUUUUAAAUCAAAUAUUUUGUAGUUAAUUUGGAAUCCACGCUUUCGCUAGCCGUUAGAAUAUUACUGUAAUGACUUUUCUUACAUGGAUCAGUAUUCGAUUA